CACACACACACGCACACACACACACACAUACACGCACAUACCUAAACACACGUACGCAGGCACACACACAUACGAUUACACCUGCAGAACUGAGCGAUUUCCACUAGAUGGGCCAGCUAUAUCAUAAACAUUCCUGAAAACACAAAUGUGCUUUUUGGUCUUCAUUUCAAAGCUUAUGUUUAGGCAUCAGGGUUAAUUAACAGUCAAGUCAAGGUUAGGGUUACUUUUAAAAUUGUAUGAUUUUGUGGUUGUGCAAGCUGGUGACAAACUCUGCAGAGAUUCAUGACAAUAAAUGCCAGCCUGCCACAAAUACACAAAUAAAUGACACAAAUAUGGGAAUGUAUGAUUUUGAUUGGCUGAAAACCGCCCACUGUUUGGAGGAAAAUCUGAAAUGGAGGAACAUAGGAUUUUUUUGUGAUUUUUUAGUGAGUGCGACGGACUGAACAAUUGGACUAAAGGAGUUACUGUAUAUUUUCUUCAACCGAGGAUUUGGAUUCCACAGUCUACCGUUGGAUUCUACAGUCUACCGUUGGAUUCUACAGUCUACCGUUGGAUUCCACAGUCUACCGUUGGAUUCCACAGUCAACCGUUGGAUUCCACAGUCUACCGUUGGAUUCCACAGUCGACCAUUGGAUUCCACAGUCUACCGUUGGAUUCUACAGUCUACCGUUGGAUUCCACAGUCUACCAUUGGAUUCCACAGUCUACCAUUGGAUUCCACAGGCUACCGUUGGAUUCUACAGUCUACCGUUGGAUUCCACAGUCUACCGUUGGAUUCCACAGUCUACCGUUGGAUUCCACAGUCUACCGUUGGAUUCCACAGUCUACCAUUGGAUUCUAAAGGAUUUUUAAAUUCAGUUCCAUUCAAUUAUUUUGACUUGAUAGGCCGGCAUUCAGUGAAUUCAGACCCACUGUAGAGGAAGAAUCUUUGUCUUGUUUUUUUGUGCAGCGGCCUCUGUAGUAGUGGCUGUGGCUUCUGCCACGCGUGGGAAUAAUACCGUGGGUUCAGGAACAGGAGAUCCAGAGGCUCCGAGAGUUUAUCUGUGAUCCAGUCAUCAGCGCUCCCACCAUCACAAAAACAACGCUAUAGAGAUACAGACAGAGUUUAUUUCACUUGCUUAGCCAAUGUAUAUUUCCCAUGCCAAUAAAGCCCCAUUGAAUUGAAUAGAGAGAGAGAGAGAGAGAGAGAGAGAGAGAGAGAGAGAGAUAUCCAGGUGUGUUCUCUUCCCUCCCUCUCUGCAGUACUUGGCAUCCUCGUCGUGAUAUUCUAUAGACACCCAAAUAUUCUAGUCAUUAACGACUGGAUGAAGCCCCCAGCCAAUUAGCAGUCCUGUCCAAUCCACCAGUCCAAUAGUUGCUUGCGUUGCAUUUAGUGGUUCAUUGGUGGAAGAGAGGAGCAUUGCUGGUGGCAGGACAGAGAGGUGCUUCUCUGGCCUGGCAGCCUCCCUGGGUGCAUAGCAGCCUCCCUGGAAGCAUAGCAGCCUCCCUGGGUGCAUAGCAGCCUCCCAGGGUGCAUAGCAGCCUCCCUGGAAGCAUAGCAGCCUUCCAGGAAGCAUAGCAGCCUCCCUGGGCGUAUAGCAGCCUUCCUGGGUGCAUAGCAGCCUCCCUGGGUGCAUAGCAGCCUCCCUGGGUGCAUAGCAGCCUCCCUGGAAACAUAGCAGCCUCCCUGGAAACAUAGCAGCCUCCCUGAGUGCAUAGCAGCCUCCCUGGAAACAUAACAGCCUCCCUGAGUGCAUAGCAGCCUCCCUGAGUGCAUAGCAGCCUCCCUGGAAACAUAGCAGCCUCCCUGGGUGCAUAGCAGCCUCAGUGGAAGCAUAUAAGCCUCCCUGGGUGCAUAGCAACCUCCCUGGGUGCAUAGCAGCCUCACUGGAAGCAUAGCAGCCUCCCUGGGUGCAUAGCAGCCUCCCUGGGUACAUAGCAGCCUCCCUGGGUGCAUAGCAGCCUCCCUGGGCGCAUAGCAGCCUUCCUGGGUGCAUAGCAGCCUCCCUGGAAACAUAGCAGCCUCCCUGGGUGCAUAGCAGCCUCCCUGGAAACAUAGCAGCCUCCCUGAGUGCAUAGCAGCCUCCCUGGAAACAUAGCAGCCUCCCUGGGUGCAUAGCAGCCUCAGUGGAAGCAUAGCAGCCUCCCUGGGUGCAUAGCAGCCUCCCUGGAAGCAUAGCAGCCUACCUGGGUGCAUAGCAGCCUCCCUGGGUACAUAGCAGCCUCCCUGGGUGCAUAGCAGCCUCCCUGGGUGCAUAGCAGCCUCCCUGGGUGCAUAGCAGCCUCCCUGGAAGCAUAGCAGCCUCCCUGGAAGCAUAGCAGCCUCCCUGGGUGCAUAGCAGCCUCCCUGGAAUCAUAGCAGCCUCCCUGGAAGCAUAGCAGCCUCCCUGGGUGCAUAACAGCCUCCCUGGAAGCAUAGCAACCUCCCUGGGUGGGUGAAGAGGAGAGGAGCAGUGUUAGUAGAAGAUCCUUGUUCUCAGGACGAUAGCUCAGAGCGUCUUGAUUGGUAGGCUUAGAGAGGAUCCUUCUUCUGUGGUGGUCUCAUGGUGACAUUAUACCUGAAUCGGAUGCCUGUCUGUGUGGGUCUAGCUGGGGAGCUCCCUGACUACGGAGCCUUGCUGGGGCUCAGAUAGAGCUGGAGAGAAGGGAUAAUGCAUAUCCUUCCCCCUCUGGAGAGAGAAGAAGGCACCAUGAGCAACGUCACCGUCACCGACAACGCAGCCGAGCCCAUCAGCAGAACCAGUGCUCCAGCCACGCCCUACCCAUACCCCUACCCCAUCUCCUUCCAGGUGUCCCUGACCGGCUUCCUGAUGCUGGAGAUCGUGCUGGGCCUGAGCUCCAACCUCACCGUGCUGGCCCUGUACUGCAUGAAGUCCAACCUGAUCUCCUCGGUCUCCAACAUCGUCACCAUGAACCUUCACGUCCUGGAUGUGUUAGUGUGUGUCUGCUGCAUCCCACUGACCAUGGUGGUGUUGUUGUUGUCUCUGGAGGGGGAUACAGCCUUGGUUUGUUGCUUCCACGAGGCCUGUGUGUCGUUCGCUAGUGUCGGCACCGCAGCCAACGUACUCGCCAUUACCCUGGACCGGUACGACAUCUCUGUGAAACCGGCGAAUAGAGUCCUAACGAUGGGCCGAGCCCUGGCUCUGCUGGCCACCAUUUGGGUGCUGUCGUUCCUCAGUUUCCUGGUGCCUUUCAUGGAGGUGGGGUUCUUCGCCCCAGGCCAGUCAGAGCUGAACCAGACUCAAGCGGAUGUAGUCACAGUGGCCCACACCAACCAAUACUACACAGAGUUAGGACUCUACUAUCACCUACUGGUCCAGAUCCCCAUCUUCUUCUUCACUGCUGUUGUGAUGCUCGUCACUUAUUCCAAGAUCCUCCAGGCGCUCAACAUCCGCAUUGGGACACGCUUUCACACAGCGUCGCAGAAGAAGAAGGCCAGGAGGAAAAAAGGUCCCUCCAUGACGGCUAUGACGUCACAGGCCACGGACGGGGCCAUGGACCCAUCCGAGCCCAGCGGCCGUGCUCUACCCCCGAUGGGCAUGCGGACCUCCGUCUCCCUCAUCAUUGCGUUGAGACGAGCGGUUAAACGCCACCGGGAGCGACGAGAACGCCAGAAACGAGUCUUCAGGAUGUCGCUGCUCAUCGUGUCGACCUUCCUGCUCUGCUGGACUCCCAUAACCGCCCUCAACACGGUCAUCUUGACCGUAGGCCCCAGCGACUUCACGGUCAAGCUGCGGUUGGGCUUCCUGGUCAUGGCAUACGGGACGACCAUCUUCCAUCCGCUUCUCUACGCUUUCACCAGGCAGAAGUUCCAGAAGGCUCUGAAGAGUAAGAUGAAGAAGAGGGUGGUGAGCAUCAUAGAGGCUGACCCGCUGCCCAACAACGCGGUCAUACGUAACUCCUGGAUUGACCCCAAAAGGAACAAGAAGGUCACCAUCAACGAGGAUGCCGAGGCCAGGCAAAAAUGUCUGCAGUCUUCAGAGGAUGCUGUGGAAUGACAGUGAAUACUUAGAGACCUUGUCCAGAG